AUGUGUGAGAUAGAAAGAUCCAGAGAGAAAAGUAAAUUUAAGACUAACAUUGAUUCUAGUCCUUCAACAUCACUUCCAUUUAAUAAAGACAUAAAUGGAGGCUAUAAAACUGAUUGUUGGCCUAUAUGGAGUGGAAUAAUUAGUCAGUCUGAAAAGAGCAGUAACUUUAGUGGUCUUAUUCAACUAUUGGGCAGUACUCUUGAAAGUUCAGCUAGACAAGCUUAUCAUGAUUUAUUAGAUGCAGUUCGUUAUGGAAAUGAACAUCAGCUGAUUGAAAGUCUACAAGGGACAGGUUUAUUAAGUCUACGUCAAUUCUAUGAUAAAAUGCCGAAAAUCUCACCUACAUGGGAUGGUUUCGCUGCAAGUUUAGAUAUUUUAGAGCAUUUAUUGUGUAAAACUUUAAGAAUUAAACAAACACUGAUUACUGGACUGGUUGUAUUUAUUAAGCCGUUAAGUAAAAUCUAUCAGCAACGUGAGCGAUGUUACUUUCGACAGCCUUAUCAUGAUGCAUUGAAGAAAUGUAGAAAGAAGAUAAACACAUCAAAGAAGCAAGGUACAAUUAAUUCUUCGACAUCGCAAUUAUCAUUAUCCUAUCUUCAUUCAUUCGACUUCACAGUCAACAAAAUACAAAACAAGUUAGGCAGAUUGACACUGUUUAAGUAUGAACCAUGCUUUGAGACAUGGUUACGCAAUAUUGAAGUAAUGAUAACUGAUUACCCGUGUGUUUCAUCUAAUGAAUACGCUUUAUUUUUAUCAUAUAUUCGAAGCGUAAUGCCAGACUAUAAAAGUAUGAGUAUAAAUGAAUCAGUAAAUAGCGGUAUAAUUACCAAUAAACCUGUUAACACUGGAGUAGUUCAACCGAAAAUAAAUCGUAAAAAGCGUUUGCUAAUACUUCAAGGAUUUAACAACAAACGAACAAAUUGUGAUGAGGGAAAUGUCAGAAGUUUAGGUGAAAUUCAAGAAAAUCCACUUAGUGCAGAUGUUGAGAAUGAGGAAAAGACUUUCAAAAAUUUAGCCUACAAUCAACAGUUGACCAGUUCAUCUCAGUGCAAAAGUCAUGUCCCCUAUACAAAUUCUGCUGCUAACAUUGAUAUUGACAAUGAUCAAUGUGAACGAACUGCAGCUUCUGCAUCUCCUAGAAACUAUGACCAUGAAAAGGAAGUAGAAAGACAGAAAACAGUAAAUAUUGUCGGUAAAUUAACCCAAACAGAUUUAUCUACGAGUAGUAAUGAUUCUCCACAUCGCAACAAAGAUACUUAUUCAGACUCCACAUUAGAUUCAUCCAACAUUAUUCAUAGUCAUUCUGAAGUAAUACAUGAUAAAGAUAAUUUCAGUGAAGAUAUUAAUCAUGGUAUGCAGCAGAAAACAUCUUUGAAACUCGAUAAUACAUCUUCAUCCACAUGGUCUUCCUUGUCUUCCAUAUCCGAGAGAGUGAAUACUAAUGACUUUGAUGAUUCAAAUAAAAUAACAGCUAUACAACAGACAUCAAGGAAACAAAACGUUGGUAAGGAAAUAUACAAAAAUGAGCUUAUCGAAGUUGAGCAAGUUCGACAGUUGCACCCUGUAAUCAAAUGGAAAGGAAACUUAAAAUCUAUUAAGUCUCCCUCAUUACAUAAAGUAAGUAUAGUUGAAAACUCCAUAUUUGGAGAAGUGCAUAAUUCGCAAAUUGUAGUAGUCAAACCGAAUACAUCUAGUCGUCAGAAAACUACGGGAAUGGCAUAUUAUCAGAAACCAACACAUAUUCACGAUUCGUUGAUGAAAGGUGAGGAAAUUCAAGUGGUCGAGAGAAUGAAUAAACAAUUUCAAAGAAAACAAACACAAUCACCAGAAUCCUGUUCUAUUCAAGAUAUUAGUCAUGGAGAUGUAAACCACAUUGAGGAGUGUGUUACUGCCAACUUCACUGACAUUGAGGGAGAGGACGUUGGUGAAUCCAUCGGAAACAGAAAUAUUGAUGACGAUGUGGACAGUAUAGAAAUUAAAGAAUACAAUCAAAUUAAUAUUUCUCAGUAUCAAUUUCUAGUGAAAAACACAGGAAAAUCUCCAGACUUACAGAGGAGUGAAUGCAUCAGUCAUCCGUUAUACAGUGACAAUAAACAAACAAUGAAUAUGUCUUCAUUGAUAAAAAAUUUCCAGUCGACUUCUGACGAUAUUCUCCUACUUCAGAGUGAAAAGUCACAGAAGAAGAGUAAAUUAAAUGAUGCUGUCAAGAAAGAAAACAAUGAUGGCAUGUGUAGCAUUGGGCAACCGUCAGUAUUCUCACAUUUCUCAAUUUUCCGUACCACUGAACAUUGUGAGAAUUCGGUAAAACGGCUUUCAGACAAGAAAUAUCAAAAAGAUUAUGAUCAAGAGAAUACGACACAAGAAAGAGACUUAUACGAUGACAAACUGAAUUAUUUCAGUGUAGUGGAUGCAACCAUCUUUGCAGACACUGAGACAUGUAAAUUAUCUUCAAAUAUAACAAAUAAAUAUGAAGAUAGCCUGAAAAUAUUACAGUCAGAUAAAAUAAAUUUGCAAAAUGAACGCCUUCAGGAUGACAAGAGCACGACAUAUAUCAACAAAACUAAAUCAAACUUAUCGAAUAAUUCAGAGAUGGAGAAGACUCCAUUUCCAAGUAGACAGUUGAACACACUUCAUAUCAAUGUGAAUAUUGAAACGGAUGCAUUUUGGGAAAAUGAUUUCAAGCAUACACCAGUGAUGAUUAACACAUAUUUGACUACUAAAUCACAGUCGGGUAGUAGAAAUAGUGAACUUAUUCUGUAA